AACUUACACUAAACGUGUUUUUGGGCAGCUGGGAAUAAAGUUUGCAUCUUUCCGCGUAUGCCUACAGUAUGAUGUUGCUGAGUGUACAGGGACAGACCACUGGCGGUGUGUUGAGCUGGUUUCUUCCUCACGUACCGUGGGGCCGGUUCUGGUUUGGUCGCGUGUCGUGCAGUGUCCGUGAUCACGUGACUGCCGCCGCAGCCGAAGGAGAGCGGAGAGCGCUUCAAGGAGAACGCCUCAUUCGCGCAUCUUUAUUUGACAGCAUGCAAUUCAUAAAAAGUGGAAAAAAUGAUUUUGAACGCUGAGUGUUAACGCGCUCGUGUGACGUGUGUUGUGCUGCGGAUGAUGUGUCACGCAUGAAUAUGCUGCGCUUUAUUCUGGACUGCCUGCGGCCGGCACGAACGCGCGCUGCAGCCGCUACAAGGGACACGGAGCUUGAGGCUCAGGUCAACACUUCACAUGAUCAUGAAAUCAAGGGUCUGCAGGAUGAGGUGCACAUGGAACAGGAGACUCUUCAGACAGUCAAGGCUUUGUGCCGUAACACACAGGAGACUGUGGAGAUGCUGGAAGAGAGGAAGACGCAGCUGAAAGAAGAAUUGAAGAUGAUCUAUAACCUCCAGAAACAGGAGAAAGAAGUGUUGCAGUCACUGCAGGAGGAGCAGCAGGAGCUGGAGCAGACGGUGCAGCAAUAUGAUAUGGAGCUGUGUGCCGCGGCUGAAGAUCUCCUGCAGCUCCAGCGGGAAGUGGCUUACGCCAAAGCACAUGCAGAAAGCCUGCAUCUACGGAUCACUCCGCUGCAGGACUUAUUCGAGGAGAUUAUACAGGUCACAGUUAAAAAGAAGCUGGCUGAGCUGGUUGCUGGACUCAUAGCCGGUGAAAGUUCAAUGAAUGAGAUGACAGAAGAUCCUUGUGCAGUUUUGGAGCAGGAGUUGGAAGCAAGCAUGGAUGUUGUAGAAAGCGAGUGUAAUCAUGUCUACAUUGAGAAGAAUACAUCCAAACCAGAAGGAGAGGAAGUGAACGAUGUUGAGCAGGAGAACACUGUAGAAGAGCUUCAUAAAAUGCAGUAUUCAAUGGAGAACUUGAAGAGCAGUGGCUCAUCGUCUUUCACUGAGAUCACACUGACAGAGGUCAAAGAAGAGGAUGUUAUGUUCAGAUCAACCACUCCACAGUCUGACUCUUCUGACAUAGAGAAGGAAGACUUUGAGAUUAUUCAACCUUGUCAGGUGACAAACAGACAGUUCGACUUCUUCCAUCCAAACCCCUUCACUGAUGGUGAUGUAUUUGGAGAUGACCAUUUUCCAAAAGUUGAUGUGACAGAGCAAUUACCCAGGGACCCAUUUAAAGGCACAGACCCAUUUGCCUCUGAUGCUCUCUUGGUCAACAUGCCAGAAGAAGAGCACUAUCAGGAUGAACUCAUCCCUGCGGAGGACAGUCUUCCAGAAGCUAUACACUACCCUCGUCAAUCCGUCGUUAAAGACUACGGUACCUUUAACACUCCCGUCAACAUGCCGCCAGAUGCUGAUUGCACACAGUCCACUGGAAAGCGUGAUAGUGGUGUGUCCAUGUCCAAUGAAAGUAGGAGUCUCAAAUCAGGCAGCGAUGUAGAUUAUGAGUUUGAUGCGAAUGACACACAAGACCAAAAUUGUGAUGACAUGCUACCAGAUCAAUCAAACGAAGCUGCCAGCCCUCAGUUCAAUGAAGAGUGUGUCCACGAUUCAGACUCGAGUCACAGUUCUACAGUGUUUAAUUCCAUCGAUGCUGAUUCCAAUGUAUUCGCUGAAGAGGAGGAGGACAGGGUUGACAUUCAGGCUGGAUCUGGUUUAAGAGUGAACUCACUGUGUGGUCUACAGAGCAUCAUUGCAGGCUCCUACACUGGGUUUCCUCUGAGUCCAUGUGAUCCACUUCCAGGCGAGUUCCAGAAAACCUUUGAACAACAUAUUAUCGCUUCUGAACAAAAUGCCGCCAAUGACAAAGAACUCGAAAAAACUGAGAGUUCGUCGCCAGAUAAUAGUCCAGGUCCUCUGGGUGAACAGUUGCAUGAUAAAAAUAGUAAUCCCUCCAGCUCUCCUUGCGUUUCUCCUUCUCAACCUUCUGCUUUAGACGUGUACGACUAUAAAUAUGGAGAUAUGUUCUUCUUCACUGUGAGAUUAGAUCCCGGUAGCCCUGAACUACACAAUCAAAGUCCAGUUUGUCCUGAGCCAAAUGAUGCAAAGAAAGAUGAGUCCAGUGAUGCCUCUUUGAGCCCUGAAUUCAAUAACGUAGAUGAACUUGAAUGUGCCAGUCCAAAGCCUGAAGACACAGAACAACACAGCCACAUCACCAACGACCUGAACGAGAUUGCGACAAACAUUGACUCUCCCAAACAUGAUGAAAUAUUAGUACCUGAUUCUGAAAAGGUGGUUUUGCAAAUUCCAAGUGUCACAUUUGAGGAUUCAAAUGCUUGCCAAAGUGUGCUUGAUUCAGAAUGGAAAGACCAAUGGAUGGCAAUUCAAGAUGUAGCCGAACCUGUUCCUGAUCCAUUCAUCCAUGACACAGAAAGCAACCCACCAAAUUCUACAACUCAAGACCUCUUUUGUCUUUUCAGUGACACAGAAACAUCAACUACUGACCAGUUUUAUCCUAAUGAGCAGCUCAGCCCUGAAUCUGGCAGUUCCCAACACAAACCUUCUUGCUCUGAAGGCUCAGCCAUGAGUAAACUUGAACUCCAGUAUUUUGACCCAUUUUGUCCCAUACCUACUGAGCCGGUCAAAGGUGUAUCUGAAUUAGAAGAAUUGAAUACUGUUAACACAUUUUGUCAUGAAGCUCCAAGACUAGAUUCUGGUUAUCAUGAAGUUGGUACUCCAACCCCUUUUAGUCCAGAACCUGCUGACAGAACCAAGUGCAGCAUUGAUCUUCAAGGCCCAGGUCUAGAAACCAGGAAGCAGAGCAACUCUGAAAUCCACGUCCCUGAUCCAUUUAGUCCCGAAUCAGUCGAUACAGGGAUAUUUGACUCGGAAACAGAAAACUGUGAGUCUGGUUAUAUGAUAACUACUUGCCAGCUCUUAAGUCCUCAACCAGUUUGCACAGAUUUAAACAAUCUGGAGGAGAAGCAGAUAUCCUGCGACGUGCUAAGUGAUCAUCUCAGUGGGUCCGAACAUGAUGAUUCCUACCCCUUUGGUUCUUGCCCAUCUAAUGAAGAGAGCUACGCUUAUAGUAGUGGAGAAAAACUUAUUGAACCAAUCCGGGAAGUAUCUGAUGCUUUUGGAGAAUCCAAACCGAGCUCUAUAGUGUCAGAUGCUAGUGAUUCUUCUCAAGUAUUCCACUCUGUGUGGGGAAACUCUGAGAUGAGCUUUCCCAACCCCGAAGUGCUCGACCCAAUGAAAAACAACGUUUUUGAUUUUGACACAACAGAUUUUGGCUUAUUUGAACCCAACGUAAGCCAGGAAGCUGAAGAGGAUACACAUUGUGCUGGAAAAGUAGUGAAAAAUGCUGACCUUGCUGAAAUUGACUAUUUCUGCUCUGAGCUCAGUAAGAUGGUAUCCUCAAGUUCAUCUGAUUCUGUUCAACAGAGUGUCGCUGAGAUGUUAUUCGGCUCUGAACCCAACACCACAAGCUUUUACCCCUGGGAUUUCGAAAAGCCGCAACACAGUUGUUAGUGUUCACACCCCAUGUGCUUUAAUCUCAUUAAAUCACAGUUGCAUUUUCAUCUGACUUUAUGGGGGAAAAAAUAAGAAAAAAAGAGAGCAUUAACUGUCUAAGUGUAAACGUUUGUAAAUGUCAAAGUGUCUAAACUACAUGUGACUCACUUUUGUAGCUGCAUUUCUAACAGUUAGUUAUGUAGCGUUUCCUUUAUUUUAUUUAUUUAUUUUCAAAUGUCAGUUAUAACCAAAUACUAACUGCUGAUAUGUAGCAUAAUAAAUAUGUAACAUUUUAAACUUCCUCUGCUGGACUUUGGAGUUAUGUCCAUUCAACAUGAAUGCUGAGAUUAUUUUCAGUAAAUGCAUUUGGAAGAAAUGUGAUUACAAUGCAGUGCAUGUAUCUUAUGUGUGUGUACAGAUAAGUAACAUUUAUCAACAAAAUAAUUAUUUUAGUAAAUGGACAGAUGUGGAACAAAACAAGACUUCCAAGUUAUUUAUUUAUAUUUUAUUUAUUAUUAGUCUUGUGUAUUUUAGUUACUUUAUGUGCAAAUUUCACUGAGAUUUUAUUUGUAUGUUGUGCUCAAGCAACUGCACCUUAAGAUGAUUUUCCCCAAAACACAUGAAGAAACAUUGCUGCAUGACUGACAUUAAAAAUCACUUAUUACUUCAAAAUUAUUACAGUAAUACUACCUCAAAGCAGUUUCAUCAUGUCAGGUAGAACACAGAGGUCAGGGAACUGUUCUGUCAAAUGAAGUCCAGGCCAUACAUUUACCAUUUACGGUGUGAUAAACAGAGACAUUACCAUGGCUAAAUUAGUUAAUGCUAAUCUGAAAAGGUCAUCUAUCAGUUUAGUCAUACAGUAACAAUAUUUUAUCAAAACAACUAAAGAAGGAGCGCACAAACUGAACUUUAGCUUACCUGUCGAGAAGAAAAAUUUGUCGUAUCGAUUAAAACCACAACAUUCUAUCAAAUUUCUCCAUGUUCACUGUAAAAAAGUUCUCACCAGUUUCAACUUAAAAACCUAAGUUCAGCCUUAAUAUUUUAAGAUAAAUCAACUUAAGAACUCAUUACAAUAAAAUGAGUUAAAAUUACUCAUAAUUUUAAGUUGAUUUAGCUUAUGAGUUGAAAUGACUUGCAUUUUUAAGUUGAUUUAUCUUAAAAAUUUUAAGGCAGCUGCUGAAAGUUUUUAAUUUCAAACUGGUGAAAACUGUCAGUGUUUAUCCUUGAUUUACCCCAUUGUCUGCAUUUAAAUGUCUGUCAUCUGAGAAAACCUUUUCAGGUCUUUAAGUUUCUACUAUCAAACUGAAAAGUUGAUUUAGGUGUUUUGAUUAGGUGACAUACAAAAUGGGUACUUCAGUUUCAGGAUUGGUAGUCAUUAUUGCAGAAAACAAAGCAGAUAUACUGUAGAAGAUGAAUCAGUGGCUGUAUAUGACAUGAUAUUGAAACAUGUUGCAGUGUUUGCUACUGACUUAAAUGAUAGUUAAAAACACUAAACUAAAAGAAAAAUCAAUUUAAUGUUAUGGUGGUUAAACCAAAAGUAUGUUUACAUGUCAUCAUAAUAAUAAUGUGACUGUCUGUUACAAAUGUGAUCAUGUUACAAGUGUUUGGAGUCUGAAAAAUGUAUACCUUGCAUACGAAAUGGUACCAAGGUAAUAAAAACAAAUUGUGGCCUCAUUUUCAUCUCCAGUUAUAUACGCAGCUUGCACACAUUGGACAUGAAAGAAUGUGGUUGACACCUAGGUUGAGUUUACAAAACAGAAUAAAUAAAUUACAUAAUUCAAGAGGGAUGUAAAGGCUUGCAUGCUUCAGAUAAUGAAAGGUAACAGGUAAAUGAAUACAACAGCACAGGUGAAAAUAUAUACCCUUAGAAGAAGCCAGAGCUAAAGAUGUCUGCAGUACAGGCCUGGCAGAGCAUAAAACUCUGGUUGAAGUCCAUGGGUUCAAGCAGUCAUUGCAUGCUAAGAAAAUGGAACAAAGUACUCACUUAAUUUACUAUUACUCACUUAAUUGUUUCUGUUAAAUGGAGAGACCAAAAUGUAUGAAAAUUCCUCUUAAUAAAAUCUGAAAAUGUAAAUUUGUAACUAGUCGAUUAUUUUCUCAAAUCUAAAUGUGUUGUAAAAUAGUUGGAUUUAGAUUUUAGGUAAUAAUGCUGUAAAUAAUGUUCAAGCUCUUGCAGGACUGAUCAUUUUGCUUUAUAACAGAGCCCUGCAUGGGCCUUAAAUAUAAGCCCUAGCCCGGCCCUUGUCCAACAGUUUAUCAGAAUCCCCCCCCCUUCUCCCAAAACAGCUUAUACUACUGUUUCAGCUGUUAAAAUAGUUCAGUUUUGUAUGUAAUGGCAAAGUGUCUAUAUUUUGUUUGGUUUUUUUGUUAAGUUAAUUUAGAAAAACACUUGAAGCAUUUUUUGUUCGUUAAAUGUAAGUUUUUGUUUUUUAAAGUAACGACCAAACGGCCAGUGGAAGACUGAUAAUAAUCUGUUAGAUCAAUUUUGCCUUCUUAAAUCAUCACGACUACAACAGUUCAGGUCUAAAACAAUGUUAGUUCAAACGUUAGAUAAAUGUGCGCUAUUAGGCGCAUCUCCAAUCAUUUGCAGGACAUGGAGGCGCCAGCGCCAUCACUAUCAUUAUUUAAUUGGAAACACUUUAAAAUAUUCCGUUAUUUUUGCCCAUAAAGGUAAGAGUAAUACAUAAUUCAGAACUGUAAAGGGUCUACUUUUAUGUGUGUGCACUCACAAUAACAAUCAAAACGUUGCAGACGGUGCUUUUAUAAAAUAAAGAAAACAAACAUGAUGCGCUUUCUGUCAUCUCAACAGGAGUGCUUUACAAAAAUGAACCGAAACUCAGCGAAUGACAGACAUGAUAAAUAUAUCUAUAGAAAGUUUUAAAUGAUUACUUAAAGAAAUAAAUCAAAAACAAAGCUCUUUCAUUAUGUAAGUGAAAGUGAAAGUAAAGCCUUGUGUUGUUUCCACCAGGGUGGAUUUUUUUUUCUGUCAUCAUAAUUGGUGGAUGCCUAAAAUAAAAUAAAAAAAAAAUGGAGAAGCCUAAAACAGACCCGAAGCCCGUCCCGCGUCAGAACUAUGAUGUGAAAACUGGCGUAAAAAGUUGGGGCCCGUCGGGCUCUGGCUGAAAUGUAGGGCUCUACUUCACAAGACCUCAAUAUAACAUCAGGAGCCUCGGCCAUGAGUAUUAUUUUUGUCUUGCCUGUAAAUGAAUGUUUUUGACUCUCAAAGUGUUGACUUGCAUUUUAUAAAUCACCAAGGACCAAGGUUUCAGUAAAACGUCUUUACUGUUCUACUGAAGAAAACAAUUCACCUGCAUCUUGGGUGGCAUAAGGGUGAGUAAAUUAACAGCAAACUUUCAUUUUUGGGUGCUCUAUUUUUUUUUUUUUAA